GAUCCCACGCCGCUGGACCCCCGCUUCCCGUGUCACAUGUGCCACGCGCGAAGAAAAUGAGCAUCCUGCGAAAGAGAUUGAGCGAGUUCGAUGAUAUUCUCGACGCGGACGAGAUAGAUACGGCCAGCCUCAGUAAAAUAUGUUUCCACGGCAUACCCGACGAGCCUGGCGGGCUAAGGCCCCUGUGUUGGAAGCUGUUGCUGAACUAUCUACCAUCGACCAAAUCCAGCUGGUUAGAAACUCUAAAGCGCAAGAGAGAAUUAUACAAUACCUUUAUUGAAGAUCUCAUUGUUAUGCCUGGAGAAUCAAAUUCCGAUGAUAAGGAGAGAGUUGAUGUAACGUUACAUGAUCAUCCUCUGAAUUUAAAUCCGGAUAGCAAGUGGCAAACGUACUUUAAAGAUAAUGAAGUUCUACUUCAGAUUGAUAAAGACGUUAGGCGACUUUGUCCAGAUAUAUCAUUUUUUCAACAAGGCACUGAUUAUCCAUGCCAAAAAAUAGUGAAUGCCAAUGGUCAGCAGCGCCUACAUCACAGAGUUCAGCAUACAGUACUGAAAAGUGCAAAUGUCGAAAGAAAGGGUUUAGGAGUGACCAAGCAGAUAGCGGUUUCUGUCAGAAAAGCCACGGAAGAUUACGCACCAUUGGCUGAAGGUGGUGAAGCACACUGGGAAGUUUUAGAAAGAAUACUUUUUUUAUAUGCCAAAUUGAAUCCCGGCCAAGGUUACGUACAGGGUAUGAAUGAAAUUGUUGGACCUAUAUAUCACGCAUUCGCUUGCGAUCCGGAUCCUACAUGGCGAAAACACGCUGAGGCAGAUACAUUUUUCUGUUUUACUAAUCUUAUGGGCGAAAUACGAGAUUUCUUUAUAAAGACGCUAGAUGAAGCUGAAUUUGGAAUUAAUUCAAUGAUGAGUAAAUUGACUAAUCAAGUUCGAGCCAAUGAUCCUGAAGUUUGGUUACGUCUGCAUCAACAAGAGCUAUGCCCACAAUAUUAUAGCUUUAGAUGGUUGACGCUCCUUCUUUCCCAAGAGUUUCCCCUGCCGGAUGUUAUGAGGAUAUGGGAUUCCUUGUUCGCUGAUGAGAAUAGAUUCAGUUUUCUCAUACAUAUCUGCUGUGCCAUGAUCCUAUUAUUAAGGGAUCAGUUAUUGGCCGGCGACUUUGCUACGAAUGUUAAACUCUUACAGAAUUUUCCAUCGAUGGAUAUCCAGAUUGUGCUCUCUAAAGCCGCUGCUCUGGCAGGCAAGACUUUAUAACUUUCUUAAUGAUUAAACUACGGACAACAUAAUUUCUCGGUAUGUCGAAUAUCACAGUCUUCUUUCUCUCCCGAGUUGUCGCGACAUAUCGUAAAAUAUAAUUUUAUAUAUCAUCGUGAAUAUGCGUCAUUGAGGAGAGAUGCAAUAAAAUAUCAAUUAUAAUAUAAUAUCAUCAUGCAAAUGUUCAACUCAGCUGAUUAUCUCAUACACGCACACACAAAUGAUCUUAUAUCAAAUAUUUAACAAUUGUAUAUAUGAUACAACACUGUUGUAGAUAAUACUGAAAUAUAUAUACAGCAUUUUGCCACAUGUUAAGUUUUUUGAUAUAAAGUGUGCUUGUAUAUACAUAAUUGUGUUAAACUAGAGUUUAACAAGGCUGAGAAUGUCAAAUUGUAAAUUUAUAUAAGAGAUACAAUAAUAAGUGACAAAUAAUGAUAAAAUGAAAAUUAAGUGCAAAAGGGAAAUCUUUUUUUAAGCUUUCCCGAUUGUCCGAUACAUGAAUUUUGCAAUAAUCGAAUCGCAAUAGAUUAGUAUCGUUUAUAUAUACACGCCAUAAUAAUUGCACGAUAUGUUAAGAAGAGAAAUUACAUUUUGUAAUCUUAUUUUUGUAAUAAAACGCGCGUUCGAACUAUGUUUAUAAAAUAAAGGGAAACGUUAUCAGUUCUC